AUGCCGCAGCAGCUGCUCCUGAAGUGGAUGAGCCUGGCCACGCCCGUGCGCGCCGUUUUCCGCGCAUGGGCCCGGCGAAUAGCGCCAAGGCACAGCCGUCUAGCCGCUGCCUGGGGCGAAGGCUUGGCGAGAGCCACGGUACGUGAGGCACUGCGCUGCUGGCAGUUGGCCCACAGUGAGGCGAAAAGUGCAGCAGCUAUGCCAACGAGGCAGCUCGCCUGGGAAGCGGACUUGGCGCAAUCGCGUCUCCGACCGGUCCCUCACGCUUUGCUCAGCGCCUGGCGCGAUGCCUCGCAGGAACAACUUCUGGGCCAUUUUUUGCGACUCUGGCGUGAAGAGGCCGACAAGUGUGCCAAGGCCCGUCACAGCUCGGAGCGACUGGCGCUUCGAUCGGCGGCGGAUGCAUCGUCCAGGCUCGCCGAGCGCGCCAAGGCCUCCACCGAG